GUGGAUUCUAACCAACUGCAAAUAGUGAUACAGAGCAAAAAACGAAAAAAGAGAAAAAAAAAAACACUAUACGCAGUGGCGACGCGACAAGCGCCGGCAGCGGAGUGAAACAUUAUUUACUUUUGAUUUGAAACGAUUUGUAACAGAUUUUUAAUAUGACUGGGGAAACAAGAACCGAGUUUAAGCUACAAAACACACCUGAUGACAGCAUUUCUUCUGUCAAAUUUGGUCCCAAUUCAGUUCAAUUUCUUUUGGUAUCAUCAUGGGAUGGUACUGUUCGGUUAUACGAUGUGACCAGCAACACCUUAAGACUAAAAUAUUCGCAUGACAGCCCUGUGCUGGACUGCUGCUUCCAGGAUGCAGUACACUCAUAUAGUGGAGGACUUGAUAAUACCUUAAAAAUGUUUGAUUUUAACAGCAAUUCUGAAACCGUGGUUGGGACCCAUGACAGUGCUAUUCGAGCCAUUGAAUAUGCAUCAGAGGUGCAGGGCAUCCUCACAGGCAGUUGGGAUUCAACAGUAAAAAUGUGGGAUCCAAGGCAGCCAAGAUGUGUUGGAACUUACAAUCAACCAGAUAAGGUUUACACAAUGAGUGCAUGUGGAGAAAAAUUCGUAGUUGGCACAGCUGGAAGAAAGGUUUUUGUCUGGGAUCUACGAAAUAUGAAUUUCAUUCAGCAAAGAAGAGACUCGAGCUUAAAAUACCAAACAAGGUGUAUCAGAUGCUUUCCCAACAAGCAGGCAUACGUUCUAAGCAGUAUAGAAGGUCGUGUUGCUGUGGAGUAUCUAGACAUUAAUCCAGAAAUUCAAAAGAAAAAGUAUGCUUUCAAAUGCCAUAGAAUUAAAGAGGGUGCCAUUGAGCAUAUUUAUCCAGUCAAUGCCAUAAGCUUCCAUCAGACCUACAAUACUUUUGCCACUGGGGGUUCAGAUGGAUAUGUGAACAUAUGGGAUGGUUUCAACAAGAAGAGACUUUGUCAGUUCCACCAUUAUCCUACAUCCAUUUCCUCCCUGUGCUUCAGUCAUGAUGGCACUGUAUUAGCCAUAGCUUGCUCGUACCAACAUGAAUUAGAAACACCACCUGAUCCCAUUCCUGAAAACAAUGUUUUCAUCAGGUAUGUUACAGACCAAGAAACUAAGCCCAAAUAAACUCUACCGAAUCCAAAGAUUUUUGUUUAGAUGGAUGGUAAUAUUUUACUACUAUUGGAGCUAGGCAAUUAUAUAAAUUCAGGCAAUCUUAUGUAAUCAAUUAUGUCUUUAAAUGAUUGACUUAAAAAUUGAAAUUUUCUAUUUCCCAUCGUGUAUGAACUGCAGCAGAACUUUGUCAUUCAACCUUAAAAUAAAAUGUUCAGGUGCAGAAUAAGAGAUUUAAAAUAA